UGAACGACAGUUUUGCUUGGCAAUGUGUGAAUUCUUCCGUUCGUUAUAAUAUUUUUGGACAGAUUAGUUACAUUGUUGGCAUUAAUGGACAAACAAAAUUGGACUUAACACAAAUAUAAAUCUAUAUUAAAAAAACAAAUUGCCUUCAAUCACAGAAAAGGACAAAACGUGCGAUAUGGAGGAGAACUCCGAACUACAAAUAGAAACCGACGUAUCUGCAUCUUCAGGAAACGUAUCUGAGACUCAGCAAAUGUCAGGAUCACAUGGCGAUGUUGAGAUGGUCAUUGUUGUGGAGAAGGUUACAGAGGAAGCUGAAGGUUCUAGUGAUAACAAAUUGCCAGAAGUUAAGAUAAGUGAUAGUGAAUCUUAUCAAUGUUCAAAAGAUUCAUCUAAAAAAGAUAUACCAACACAGAAAUGUGUUAGCUCUCCUAGUGAUGAAGCUGAGAUAAUAAAUAUCAGUCAUGAGAAUGAGAAUGAUACUCAGAAAACUGUUGUUUCUCCUUGCAAAGACCCAAUAAUAACAGAGGAAAAACUAACAGACCAAUUGCAGAAAACAAUAAGUUCCCCUAUUAAACAUUUAAAUCAAAAGAAACAAACAACAACUAUUACUUCAGAUAAUAAAGAUAUACAAAUAAUAAAUGUCAGUAAAGUUAACCCACCAGAGAAAAUAGUAAAUAAAGAUUUAAAUCAAAAGAUACUAGUAGAGAAAAAAUCCACUUCUGUUUGUAAAGAUAUUCAGAUAAUAGAUAUCAGUCUCAAGAACCAAACUCAGAAACUUGUGGUCUCUCCUAGCAAGAGUAUACAAAUUAUAGAUGUAAAGGGUCAAACAUCAAAAAUGAUUAUUUCUCCUUUAAAAGAUGUAAAUCAAAAGAACAAAACUCAGAAACUUAUAAUAUCUCCUAUUAAAGAUGCACAAACACCAGAACAGGUAAUAGAAAAAAAUGAUAAAACUUCAAAUAAUCCACCUAUCACAUCAUUAAACUUGCAAAAUACUAUAGAAACCAUAGAGCAUAAAAAGACCGAGUCAAAUUCAAAUUCAGAAGAAAAACUUGGUGUUAAGAUAGAUAGUUCAACUUCCAUCACUCCUCAAACAGAUUCAAACCUGCCUCCUAUUCAAGAUUCUGUAGUUGAUGCUGAAACCAAUAAUGAUAAACCUGAAACCAAUAAUGAUAAUCCUGAAAACCCUAAUAUUAAUGAUGAUAAAAAGGAAGAAAUAGUCUUCAAUACAUCCAUCGAUGUAUGUGAUAAGUCUAAUGACUCUCAAACAAAUUCUGACAUUACUGAAAAGGAACAUAACAAAAGUAUUAGUAGAGAACUCAAGUCUCUAAUUAAAUCUGCUAAAGAAUCAAAGAUUAUUAGUGAAUGUACUCAGCUCACAAGUAAAACACGAAAGUCCAGAAUAAUAUUAGACAGUUCUAAUAUAAGCUUAAAUUCCUCUGUAGAAGCAGAUAAAAUACAGGGUAUAAGACGUAGUAGCAACAAUUCUCAAAAAAGCAAUUGUAGUGAAAAGUCUGAAAAGGCACCAAAAAGGUCGAUGAGGUCACAGAAUCCAGAAUUUGUAAACAAAGUUAAGCAAUUCCUGAAUUCUGUUACUGGUAAGUUUCAAAAGGGAGAAUCUGAUGAUGAGAUUGAUGAAAAUAAAAAAGAAAGUCACGGUGAGAGCAUGUCACCAUCCCCUAAGAAGAAAAAGUUAGAAGUUCCCCAGCCUGAAAUGAGCCCAGGACUUAACAAACUUCGCUCAGACUCUUAUUGUUGGCGGUGCCACUGGGCUGUGGAACAAUCCAAUGACAAAGGGCAUUCACCGAUGCAAUGCACAGUAUGCCCACGUUCAUUCCAUUACAAAUGUCUAUCAGGCAAUGAAAGGAGUAAAAUUACAUCAGACAAGAGUUGGGUCUGUCCUGAAUGUUUGGCUGUCUUACACGCAGAAAGCUCAGAGACAAGGUCGCCAGCCAUGAAGAAGAUUUCACUAGGUCUUCUUUGUGAACUGUUACAGCAUGCAUUGGAGCGAAUGAUGGAUCUCAAUGGGGUUGAACCAUUCAUAAAUCCGGUGGAUCGUUUGGCGUUCCCCGAUUACGAUAAAUACGUCGUACAUCCGAUGGAUCUCACGCUUAUGAAGAAUAACAUUGCUGAGGGUCUUUACGGUAGCACCGAAGCCUUCCUGGCAGACGCGCAAUGGAUAUUACAUAAUAGCAUCAUAUUCAAUACCCUACAAUCGAAACUGACGGGCGGCGCGCGUGCCCUGGUGCGCUCCUGUCGAGCGGAGAUGGGGGAAAUAGAAGCGUGCCCGGAGUGUUAUGCGGCGGCGCAUGCGCGGCGACCCACCUGGUUCACUGACGUCUGCUCCACUCCCCAUGUCCUACUGUGGGCUAAGCUAAAAGGUUUUCCCUACUGGCCGGCAAAGGGUAUGUCAGUGAGCAGCGCGGGUUUAGUCGACGUACGAUUUUUUGGCGCUCACGAUAGGGCUUGGGUGCCUGCGCGCGACUGUUUCCUGUACUGUGAGAAAGAUCCUAACAACUUCAGAACUAAACGACAGGACAUACUUGACAGUAUGCAGGAAGCGGAGCAACACAUUCGCAAUAUAUCUCGGAAAUACGGCAAAUUCCUGUAUCCUCCGUUUAAGACACAGUUUGAUCCUACGAAACUCACCGAACAACUGAAAAUGAUGAUACCAACAUUUGAAGGUGAAUUGCGAAGUCCAGUCAAAGAAAAGUCGAAUUCGUCACCGAACCCCGCCAAAGAGAAGAGAAGGUCCAAUUCAAAGAGCUCAAAGGGUUCUGUUAAUGAAGGUGAUAUAAGUGAAAAUGAUGAACCACAAGCAACUACAUCUCGGAAAAUGGCAGACGGAGCAGAAAUUGCCCGUGAAGAAGGAGAAGAAGACUACUGUAUUGAAAAAGAUAAAUCCAUGGAAAUUGAUGUUUGCUUACCGAAAGAAAAAGAGAUAUCAAGGAAACGACGUAGGUCGGAUCUCGAAGAAGCUGUUAUCACAAUAAUCGAAAGUAGCAAUAGUGAGAAAAGGAAAAAAGUUGAUAUUGACAAAAUUGAUGAUAAACUUGAUCCUGUAUCUUUAAAUAAAACAGAAAAAAAUCAAGUAGAUGUAACCAAGACUGAAGAAGAUAAAACAAUUGAAACGCCAAACGAUAAAGUGGAGGUAGUGCUAUCGAUAUCUAAGAACAAUAUUAAAGAAUCAAUGACUAGUACAGUAGAAAAAGAAUCUCCAGCCGAAAAAACUCCCGCUAAAAUAAACAUUAAAAUUAAACCAACUAGAACGAGUACUCCGAAAGAAAAGGAGGAAAAACCAUCAACACCAAAGCAGAGGCCUGUGAGAUCAGAAAAAUCAACUCCAGUCGAAAAAGAAAAGCAGGAAACUAAAGCCCAAAAACGGAGAAAUUCAAAAAAUAAAUCUUUCAAUAAUAGCCAAACGGGGAAGCUCGAAAGAGAAAAAGCUACCGAGAAAAAAAGUGAUAAAGACAGUAGUAAUACAAAAGAUAAAAGUAAAGAUAUUAUCAUUACAAGGGUUAAAGGUAAUGAAACUGAUAAAUCUUCAGAAAAACCUAAUAAAUCUAAUGUAACGUCAGACAGUUCAAAAUCUACAAAAGAACCAUCACAUUUUGAUGACAACACAACCUUAGCAGUGAUCGCUCGAGAAGGUUCAAAAACUACAAUUUCAGGUCUACCAACAAUAAGUAGUGUUCGUAGUCUUUCAACAACACAAAAUUCUGACACAAAUAAUAAAGCAGCGACAAACAAUAAAAACAUAGAAACAGUUACAGCUAAUUCCGAUUCAAGUAUAUUUAUACCAACAAGUACAGACAAUGUUCGUAAUAUGAAGGAAGCGGUGAAUAAACUUCAGAAGCUAAGGAAUGAGGCAGAACCGCCUUUAGUGGGUAGGGUCGGCGUUCGAGCCUUCGCCAGAAUGACUUCUCCUCCCGAAAAACAAACAAACAAUAAACCGACUGAAAGUGUAGAAGUUGAAAUCAAAUCUGAACCAAUCGACUUUGAUGAUGCAGAUAGGCAGUCGGAGAAAUUAGACUUAAUGAAUGCAUUCCACCUCCGACCGGUAAACCCACCUAGCUCCGGUUUGCGAGGAGUGCGAAUAAAUAAGGUUGUCGUAGCACCUAUUGCCCGGAAGUCAACUGCAUCGAAACCUACAGAAGCCCGGGUCAAAGCUAAGAAAACAUUUCCACAGCCAAAGAAAGUUGAUGAUGGCAGGUCAGAACUGAAUAGUAAAAAUUCAAUGGUUUAUAUUCCUAUACAGCCACCCAGCACACAAGCCCCUGUUAGGCCCACACGACCCAUAACAUUAAAUGGAACUGCGAACAUGCAGGCUAUUAGGCCUCAAGUAUCAACAGUCACUAGUAAUGUUAACAGCAUCGUCAACACUAUGACAACUCCACUGAUUCCUAUGACGUCAUCACACUCAAACUUGAUCUCUACGUCCACCGUCGCAGCGAACACCACGAACACGAUCUGCGUGCCCACCGUCGGACAAAUCCCCACCACCGUGCACACUGUACCACUGAUAACUUCUGUCAAUGGACAGUGGACAUUUAGUUUACAGCCUGUAAUGUCAGUUGGUGGCCUUGAUGGUACUGCAUCACCACCGGUAGUCAAUGGUUUGGCAGACCGCAAUAAUUCAGCAACUGUGACCCCAUUAGCAACCGCAUCCACCUCGCAACCAGCUCCUACGCUCAACGCAUCCACGCAACCCACAAUUAACACACAAUCAACACAACCUUCUGUUAGUACCACUAGUAAUGAAAGCACUCCAGGAGAGCCUCCACGACUGCAGCAGCGACCGCCGCUUCUUAAUCCUCUUGAUUCAAACACACCAAUUGGAUCUGUGCCGCCUCCGUCCACGGCUGGACCGCUAACCGCCAAAUUAAACCAAAACGCAGUCAAGUUGGCAGAUUUCUUCCGAAAUCUUUUAGAAGACUCGUUAGAGAAGGUAGACGAGCCAACGUCACAGGCAACGAUUCUCAAGUUACAGCUGGAACAAAUGCAGUGGAGGUAUCAACAAGAGAUUAAGGAGUUAAAACAUAACCAUGAUCUCACCGUCACCGAAAUGCGGGCAUCGUUUGAGAAGGAGAAAUCGCGGGCGAUCAGCGAGGCGCGACGCACCGCGCAAGUUGAGUUGGAAACUGCAGUCAAGGCUGCUAAAUCGAAGCAGUGGUGCGCUAAUUGUAGUCAAGAAGCACUGUUCUACUGUUGUUGGAACACAUCAUACUGUGAUUAUCCUUGCCAGCGAGCUCAUUGGAACCAGCACUAUGCUGUCUGUACACAGCAGAAAAAUCAGGAAAAUAAUGGCAAUGACACUGGGAAUUUAUUAGAGAAAAGACUACAACCAGCUCCUGAUAAUCUGCCAGCGUUGCAGAAAAGCUCCCAGACGCCGGCGCUAACGGUGGGCGGCAAACUCGCCCACACACGCGUCUACGCACAGGAUACACAGUCACAGAAGACUUCCAUCAUAGUGAGUAUGGUUGAGGACCAGAGCGGCAACCAGACGGUGAAAUGCCUGGGCACAUACAAGCCAACUGGCGCACAGGUAUCGCCGUUAAUCAUAAAUAAACAAAUAAUGAACAACGAAGAAAAUGCUUCGAAAAAAGUAGUGACGUCAGGCGGAUAUCUCAUCGUAGGAGCGGGUACGGGCAACCAGCCCCUCGUAACGCCGUCGCGACGUACGCACACCAUUCAGUACUAUACGUGAAAUGAUUAAACCAUUAGUAUUAAAAAUUCAGACUCAUCUAUUAAUUGUGAUUAAUGCACAUUAUAAAUAUAUUGCAAGAACAAUUCGAGGUGUAGUCAAUCCGACCAGUUACGUUGGUGACGAAUUUUAUUUUGUGUUCAAAUUUAAUGUUGUUAAAAGUGGUCGAUUGUGUUAUCUGUGCUGCCAUGACGGAAUGUAACGUUAGUUAAUUUGUAUUAAUUUCAAAUUGUGAAUGAAAAAUUAUUGAGAGAAUAUAAACAGCUAGUACUUUAGUGAAACUAUGUUAUGAUGUAAAGAUAUAUUUUGUAAAUUCUAGUAAUAGUAAUAUUUACAAUUUAAAAAAUGGAAAAGUUGGGGACAAGAAAGAUUAUUUUAUAUUUUUUUCACGUUACAUUGAUUUGGUCAAGGAAUUAUUGUUAGAUUAAAAAAUAUCUUUUAUAUAUAUUUUUUCUUUUUUACAGCAUUUCUAUAAUGAUAUGGCACUUUAAAUUUUCAAUUUAUAAUUAAGAAUGUAUAGAAAAUCUUUUAUUGUGCCAAAAAUGUUCUGAAUUAAUUAUUUUAUUAAACAAAUUAUGUUUAAAAAAAAUACGAAACUUAUGUUAAAAUUACUCUUAGACCAGUCAAGUUACAUCUUUAACUAUUAAGUUAUGCAAUAUGCAUUAUAUUUUAUUGAAAAUGGUUCAGCCUUUUUUUUAUCUAGAGUACUAUAUUCCAAUAUAAGAUUAUUGUAUAUAAAUUUAUUAAUAUAAUAAAUACAUUGAAUUCUGAGUAAGACAAUGCUAUAAUUCAUCGAAUAUGCAAUAGUUUUAUAUAUUAAAAAACCUCAUAAUAAAUGUCAUUCUCGCUUGUGAACCACGUGUCAAACAAUUAUUUAUAUUUUUACAUAGUAAAGUAUAGAUUUUGAGUUUUAUUUAUAGCGCAUAAGUAAACUUUAAAAUAAUGUAUAUAUUUAUAAAUCCAAUGUUCCAUAUAUUCUUACCUUGUUUAUUUUUAACGAGAAGUUGACCUUGUGGUAUUUCUGAAUCUGAGAAGGCAAACUGGGAAGAAAAGAGUGAAAACUUCUUCCGCUAAUUAUCUAAAAGCUUAUAAAAUAUAAUAUCUCGUGGCUGUGGGUGUGAUAUUAAUUUUAAAUUCAGAUGCCUCUAUCAAGUUUAAGGUCCAGCUGAGGAAAUUUGAUGCGGGGUCUAACUGGUACAAGUAAAAUAAUAAAAAAAUUCAAUUGUUACUUUCUUGCAUGAUAAAUUUACAUACUUAUAAGUAUCCUUGCAUUAAUUGAAUGCAUAGGGUUUUCGUUUUUAUUUUUCAUAUAAUAAUGUCAUGGUUGGAGGUCGUGUGCGUAUAUCGUGUUUGUAUAUUUUUGUAUGUUAAUGGUGCGUUUCUAUUGAAAUACUUGGCAAUUUCUGUGUAACCAAGUUUUUGUAAUUCAUCAUAAAUUUACCAACAAUUCCGCAAAGUUGAUACGUGUGUUGGUUGUGAAUUGCGAAGAGAUGAUACACUCUCAUAAUGUACAUAUUUUUAAAUAAACUUUAAAUAGAUACCGACAUUUAAAUACUACAAUAAUCGGUUAUAUAUUGAAUAAAAUGUUUUAGUUUCGAUUUAAAUGAUUGCUUAUUCAAUAAACCUGAUUGUGAAUAAAAUAAAAAAUAAUAAAAAAAUAUUGCAAUCUUAAGGUUUGUCUCCAAUAAACGUAGGCCAUCCAGCUCUAUGUAACUUUGUGAAGUCUAAUUUAUUAGAUCUAUAUACAUAAAUGAUUAUGUAUUUGUAACAGAUAACUUAAAGUAGCGACUGAUCAAUAGGACAAGUCUCAUUAUCAAAUAUACAUGCUUUAAGAUUCAUUUUAUAACCUAAAUUAGGUUUUCACUCAACUCAGUAUUAGUAAGAUAUACUAAAACAUUAAAUUGUUCAAUGUCUCAAUAAUUGUAUGAUCCUUGUAAAAAUAAUUUAAUUUUAAACGACUAUGAAUAGGCAAGCAGUCAUUGUGAAGUUCGUUAGGAUUUUUGGAGGCGAGUCGCCUCUUUUAUGUAAGGUACGAAAUGUUUUAGUUUCAAUAAAGGAAU